UUCCGGUACAGUGUAGCCAAACACUGCUAAAUCGUUAAUAGAAGAAAAAUCUGCAAAUACUCUUUUGAGGAAAACAUUGUGUUUAUUGUUUGUCACACACACAUUGUUCGUUCACCAGACGAGGUCCGUCAAGGAAGGUAUAUCGACACUGUAUCCCGUUUAGCAUCAGGUACAUGAUGAAGGGUCCAGACACAGAUGCAGAGGUUGUGGAGGAGAACAGUUCAUCUGUGGAUGAUGCCACUGAAGAACUUCCGCCAUACCUCCGUGAAGAACCACCGGAAGACCUGGGUAAGGACCACCCCAAGGCGGAGGCGGGCAUGAUGUGGCGGGUGACGGGCGGCCUGUUCAGCAUGACCCGGGGCGCGGUGGGAGCCACGCUGGGCGGAGUGGCGUGGGUGGGCAGCAAGAGCUACGAGCUCACCAAGACGGCCGUCACCAGCGUGCCCGCCGCCGGCGUGGGCCUGGUCAAGGGCAGCGUUUCCGUGGUGACCGGAGGGGUGGGCGCGGUGGGCUCGGCAGUGGCCAGUAAAGUCACACCAAAGAAAAAGGACAAGUCUGACUAGGGCCUCGCCGAUCAGUCCAACUGCCCACUCAAGACCUGUCCACCCACCCCACCCCAACCCAGCCCCACCCCACCCCACCCCACCCCACCCCACCUCACCUCUCAAUGGCCUCUGUCUGCCUCUGUGUCUGUCCACUCAAUCGAUCAACAAGACAGAUGUUUUUUUUUCAUGUUACAAAAAGAGUAAUGACAAUUUUAUUGCAAACAAUCUGUUACCGAGGUACUUGUGAACGUAGCAAUUUAAAAUUUCAUUUACUUUUGACUUUGUUUUCUUUCUGGGAGAAGGGCAAAUCUUGAUUUGCUCAAGAAAUGUAGGGGUGAGUGUUGCUAAAUGUUUGUAGACAUGUGUAGACAUUCUGAUUCACGGCAUGAGGCCACAAACCAACCGUCUGUGCUGAACUUCUUGCCUACAGUAUGUUGUGUUGAAUUUAAGCUAAACUGUACAUUCAGCCUUGAUUUCACAGAUGUCCAUUGGUUCAACUUAUGUUCAUGUUUAACAGUGUUAAUUAGUAUGAGCCCAAGCUCCGUGCAAACAAAUACUCACUAGUAUUUCCAAUUCAGAUUUGUGUCAGUUCAGGUCCAGUAUUGGAGUGUACUCCUACUCGUAGGGUUAGUUUAAAUGGGGACGGGUGCGGGGCACAGAGAAGAGAGUCUUCAUGGCACCCUGGCGCACACAUAGCAGCCCUCUCUUUUGGAUCAUGAAUGAACAGUAUUGUCAGUUGUUAAUAAUGUGAGUUCAACAUUGAACUUUGAAAUGCUGACUCACAAGACGACACAUGUGUAUGAGUCCUGUCUGUCUCUAUGGUUAGUGUCGAAUUGCAGCCUCAGAAUCAAGUAUUUGAUUUGAUGUAAGAGUGAUUCAGAGGGUGCAACAUUUGCUGUGAAUGAAAUGUGUUUUUUUUCUUUGUUUUCCAGCCAUGUAAGGGCAGCAGACUUAAUAGUGUUUGGGCUGGAUGUUAAGUUCAUAACAAUGUGUCUGGUGUGGAGUGCUUUGCUUCUCUGUGCAACAGGCACGGUCUCCAGACUUGUCAACACUAUUAAUAGCAUGAGAACAAAGGAUCACUACAGGAUGUGAGGAGUCAUUUAGUCCUGAGAUUUUCUCUUCUUGAUUUCAAUUUGCAUCCACGUGCCUCAGCUUUUAAGGAAAGUAAUGACUUGUAGCCACUCAAGUCCUUUAUAAAAAUGUAACAUUCCUCUCUGUUGUCGCAAUGCUGUGUAUUCCUUGUUCCUCUUUUAAUACGCUGUUUUGUCAGUAGGAAGAUCUUUUCAGACAAACAAGCAAAAAAAAAAACCUUGCUGAGAACACUAGGCUGUUAUCUCUGGCAAUUCCUUUUCCUGGUCUUUCAUCCUUCAAAGGUGGUUGAUUUUGGAAGCAAAUUGUCUGGGAACCUUUUCAUUAAAGUUACAAUAUUGACCAAAUAGAUGCAUAAACAUCUGAAAUGUGUUUGAACAGAUAUACAGCACUUUUUUGUUGCGUUGUGUGUUUUAUUUUUUCUCUGAAUUCCCCAACUUUUUGCAUUGUGUUUUUGAGCAUUAGAGCACUGCAUGCUUCACGCUGUAGUCUUCUAAACACAGUGUAUCGUUUAACUUAUUAUAAAUCGGUUUCAAUUUUGAUGCUUUUUUCUUUGUCUUUUUACAUGCUCAUCUGCAUUAUGUAUUUCUAAUAGGAUGCUUAUGUCUUGGAAACUCUGUUACAAUUAACUGGACUUUUAAGACCAGGUAGAUUUUGUCUAUUAUAGAACUAUUUUUGCUAAAUCUGCUGUAUUCUAUAAAUAAAGCAAUUCUGUAUU